AUGUACACUUUCCUUGGAGUCGCGACCGUUGUUGCUCAAGUCGUGCUGAACCUGAGUCCUGUUCCUGACAUCACUCGUGUUCACCGACGUCAGAAGAUUGGAGAGCUGGCAGCACUUCCGCUAUUAAUAGUUGCGAUGGUUGUCAACUGCCACUUCUGGUUGGUGUACCCUUACGUCACCGACAGCAUGUUCCCGCUUAUCGCGACCCGAGUCUUCGGCCAGCUCGCGGCUAUCGUGUACAACAUCGUUUACUAUCGCUGGAGCGUGCCAGACAAGCGGAAGGAGUUAAGGGAGCUGUACGCGUGGGCGUUCGCGGCACACUGUGCUCUUUCCCUGUAUACAGUUUUCGGUCUAUUAGGCGCCACGUACCAGUCCAACUCUGUAUCUUGGCUACGCUGGCAUCGUCAUUGA